UGUCUGCAGCUGGGCCUGAGCUCUUUGUGCUGGUGGGAGGAUCAGUCACUCUGGAGGCAACAGGACAUGAAGACAAGACCGGCUUCAAAUCCAUAACAUGGAGAUUUAACAAGAAAACUGUUGUCACAACCUGCAGAAGAACGACUCUGGGCUCUACACAGCUGAGAAGGAUGUUGAGGGGAAAGAAAUAUGGUCUGUUGGUGAAUACACUUUCUGUCCAGGAGCCUGCAGCAGCCCCCACUCUGACUGUGGUGUCUAACUGGUCCAGCAGUGACUCCUGUAGUGUGACUCUAAACUGCACAGGACUCAACGUGUCUCUGAUCUCCAGCUGUAACGGCACCUUCUGCUCUCAGGAGGAAGGAGUCACAUCCCUCUCCAUCUCUCUCAACCACAACGCUGUCUCCUGUAACCAUAGCAACCCUGUUAGCUGGAGCCAGACCACCAUGGACCUUAAACCACUCUGCCCACUGUACAGAGGAGGAGACCAGAUUGAUAUCAAUAGAAGGACGACUGGAAAAAAAACAAUUGGAGUUAUUUUAGGAAUUAUCGGAGGUGUAGUUGCAAUAAUCAGUAUUGUAGUUGGAAUUGUUUGUUGGAAGCGGAAGAUGAGAGGUAAAAAAAACUCCCUACAACUUUUCUGUCCAUAUGCAGCGGUCUACUGACACAUGUCUACACUACUGACACAUGUCUACACUACUGACACAUGUCUACACUACUGACACAUGUCUACACUACUACUCUAAUGAUAUACUGACACAUGUCCACACUACUACUCUAAUGAUAUACUGACACAUGUCUACACUACUGACACAUGUCCACACUACUACUCUAGUGAUAUACUGACACAUGUCUACACUACUGACACAUGUCCACACUGCUACUCUAGUGAUAUACUGCAGCGGUCUACACCAUAUAUAAACACCUGAUAUACUGACACAUUUCUACACCAUAUGCAGCACUGAUAUACUGACACAUG